AUGGCCGCUAAGAGUAUAAAUAUCUUCUCUCUCAUCUUUCUGAUCGCCGUCGUCGUCUUCGCGACCCAACCAGGGGGUUCUGUGUUGGCAAAACCCGCAGCGGAGAUCGAUGCUCAUGCUCCUCCCUUUGAUUCGAAAUCUUUUCUUCAAAGUUACGGUUAUCUCGAAUACGCGCGUCUUAAUCUCGAAAUUGGUGCUUCGGAAGAGCAGAUUCUGGAAUUAGCCAUCAAAACGUAUCAGGAAAAUUUCGGGAUCAGCCCCACCGGAAUAUUGGACGAUGAGACGUUGUCGUUGAUGACGAUGCCGCGAUGCGGCAAUCCCGAUAUCUACGGUGGCGUCAACACCAUGAAACAUAGGCGCGCACAAUUUGACGAGAAACCUGCACCCGCUGGCCGCCGUUGA